CGUCACAGUUGAAGCGGCGCAGUAAAGUCCGGCACCGUUGGACCUGCUUGAGCCGUCGAGGUUUAGUCCGAUACUGCUUUUUACUUUGAGCCUACAUUGCCCAAUUUUACUGGGCUGGAGUUCAGACAUCGAACAACGCACACUAGUUGAAUUUGGGUCGCAAGCGGACGAACACCGGAAGCAUUUUGAGUGAAGCGAAAGUUGCGUGGCGAUGAGUGUGGAGGCGUACGGGCCGAGCUCCCAGACCCUCACCUUCCUGGACACCGAGGAAGCAGAGCUGAUCGGAGCCGACACGCAGGGUUCCGAGUACGAUUUCACAGACUUUACUCUGCCCAGCCAGACCCAGACGCAGGGCCAGACUCAGAGCCAGUUGGACAGUCAGGUAAACGGACCAGAUGAUGGACUCCUCAACGGCGGACUCGAAGAUUCUGUGGCCAAAGCAAGUCAGCUUUUGGCGGAACUCAACUUUGAAGAGGAUGAAGAAGACACGUACUACACUAAAGAUUUGCCUGUGCACGCCUGCAGCUACUGUGGUAUCCAUGAUCCUGCCUGUGUGGUGUACUGCAAUACCAGCAAGAAGUGGUUUUGUAAUGGACGUGGUAACACAUCUGGCAGCCAUAUUGUUAACCAUCUGGUGAGGGCCAAGUGCAAAGAGGUGACCUUGCACAAGGAUGGACCUCUAGGCGAAACCGUUCUGGAGUGCUACAACUGUGGAUGUCGCAAUGUUUUCCUCCUGGGCUUCAUACCUGCCAAAGCUGACUCCGUGGUGGUGUUGCUCUGCAGGCAGCCUUGUGCUAGCCAGAGCAGCUUGAAAGACAUCAACUGGGACAGUUCCCAGUGGCAACCACUUAUCCAAGAUCGCUGUUUCCUGUCUUGGCUGGUGAAGAUCCCAUCGGAGCAGGAGCAGCUCCGGGCUCGUCAGAUAUCUGCCCAGCAGAUCAACAAGCUGGAGGAACUCUGGAAGGACAACCCAACUGCCACCUUGGAAGACCUGGAAAAACCUGGCGUGGAUGAGGAACCACAGCAUGUACUACUUCGCUAUGAGGAUGCUUACCAGUACCAGAACAUCUUCGGCCCGUUGGUCAAACUUGAAGCUGACUAUGAUAAGAAGCUUAAAGAGUCCCAGACCCAAGACAAUAUAAAUGUCAGAUGGGACCUGGGACUGAAUAAAAAGCGGAUUGCGUAUUUCACACUGCCCAAGACGGACUCAGGUGAUAUGCGUCUGAUGCAAGGAGACGAGAUAUGUCUGCGUUACAAGGGCGACAUGGCACCUCUCUGGAAAGGGAUCGGCCAUGUCAUCAAAGUUCCUGACAAUUAUGGAGAUGAAAUUGCCAUUGAACUGCGCAGCAGUGUUGGAGCCCCUGUGGAAAUCCCCCACAACUUCCAAGUUGACUUUGUGUGGAAAUCCACUUCCUUCGACAGAAUGCAAAGUGCCCUGAAGACCUUUGCAGUGGACGAAACUUCUGUGUCGGGCUACAUUUACCACAAACUAUUGGGUCAUGAAGUGGAGGAUGUCACCAUCAAGUGCCAACUGCCAAAGCGCUUCACUGCUCAGGGACUGCCUGACCUCAAUCAUUCCCAGGUAUAUGCAGUGAAGACUGUGCUGCAAAGACCUCUCAGCCUGAUCCAGGGUCCUCCUGGGACUGGUAAGACUGUGACCUCUGCCACCAUUGUUUAUCAUCUUUCCAGACAGGGCAAUGGCCCAGUUCUAGUGUGUGCUCCCAGUAACAUUGCUGUCGACCAGCUUACUGAGAAGAUUGACAAGACUGGACUGAAGGUGGUCAGGCUGUGUGCCAAAAGUCGAGAGGCUAUUGAGUCACCUGUGUCCUUCCUCGCGCUGCACAACCAGAUUAGCAACAUGGACAGCAUGCCCGAACUCCAGAAGCUGCAACAGCUGAAGGAUGAAACUGGAGAACUUUCUUCUGCUGACGAGAAACGCUACCGUGCCCUGAAGCGCACUGCAGAGAGAGAGCUACUCAUGAAUGCUGAUGUUAUUUGCUGUACCUGCGUCGGGGCUGGUGACCCUCGUCUUGCCAAGAUGCAGUUCCGCUCAAUCCUGAUUGAUGAGAGCACUCAGGCCACUGAGCCUGAGUGUAUGGUGCCUGUCGUUUUGGGAGCGAAGCAGCUCAUUCUGGUGGGUGACCACUGCCAACUGGGUCCUGUGGUGAUGUGUAAGAAGGCUGCCAAGGCAGGACUGUCCCAGUCAUUGUUUGAGCGUCUUGUGGUUCUGGGCAUCCGACCAAUCCGCCUCCAGGUCCAGUACAGAAUGCAUCCUGCUCUCAGUGCCUUUCCGUCAAACAUCUUCUAUGAGGGCUCGCUGCAGAACGGUGUCACCGCAUCUGAUCGCAUCAAGAAGGGCUUUGACUUCCAGUGGCCACAACCGGACAAACCCAUGUUCUUCUAUGUGACUCAGGGACAGGAAGAGAUUGCCAGCUCCGGAACCUCCUAUCUGAACAGGACGGAGGCUGCCAAUGUGGAGAAGAUCACCACCCGGCUGCUGAAAGCAGGAGCCAAACCCGACCAGAUCGGCAUCAUCACUCCUUAUGAGGGUCAGCGUUCCUACCUGGUCCAGUACAUGCAGUUCAGCGGCUCACUGCACACCAAGCUGUAUCAGCAAGUGGAGAUUGCCAGUGUUGAUGCCUUCCAGGGCCGCGAGAAGGACUUCAUCAUUCUGUCCUGCGUCCGUGCUAAUGAGCACCAGGGCAUUGGUUUUUUGAAUGACCCUCGUCGCCUUAAUGUGGCAUUGACCAGAGCAAAGUAUGGUGUGAUCAUCGUUGGAAACCCGAAGGCUUUGUCUAAACAGCCGCUGUGGAACAACCUCCUGAAUAAUUACAAGGAGCAGAAGGUUCUGGUGGAAGGCCCACUUAACAACCUGCGGGAGAGCCUCAUGCAGUUCAGCAAACCUCGCAAGCUGGUCAACACCAUCAAUCCCGGUGGACGUUUCAUGAGCACAGCAAUGUAUGACGCCCGAGAGGCUCUGAUUCCUGGCUCUGCCUACGAUCGCAGCAGUGCAGCUGGACGACCUUCCAACUUGUACUUCCAAACUCAUGACCAGAUUGGCAUGAUCGGGGCUGGUCCAGGUCACAUGGCAGCUAUGAAUCUCCCGAUCCCCUUCAACCUGGUGAUGCCUCCGAUGCCCCCCCCCAGUUACCUCGGGCAGACAAACGGCCCUGCAGCAGGUCGUGGUGCUAUGAAGAAUAAACUUGGCCGUGGUGGGCGACAAAGACCUCGUGGUUCUGGACACCAGGGGCCCGGUCAAGGGCCAAACAGCCAGGCAAGCCAGGAUGGAGCAUCUCAGUCCUUCUCACAGGGGCCACUGACUCAGGGUUACAUCACCAUGAGUCAACCUUCUCAGAUGAGUCAGUCGGGUCUGUCCCAGCCAGAGCUAUCCCAGGACAGUUACCUGGGUGAUGAGUUCAAGUCCCAGAUCGAUGUGGCUUUGUCCCAGGACUCGACUUACCAGGGUGAACGAGCAUAUCAACAUGGUGGAGUGACUGGCCUGUCACAGUAUUAGUGUUGCUUGAACAAGGGAGCUAGGCUUUCGCUGAGUUUAGUUCCUCCGCUUUUUAAUCUGGGAAAUAUUAAAAACAUAAAAUGGAUACCUGUUUUCCUCUGCUACGACCGAAGCACCACAGAGUGAACGCGACGGAAUAGCGAAACCAAACCAAUGAUCAGCGAGAGAAGAAAGAGGGGAAGAGGAGAGCAUGAAGAGACAGGCAGGGAGAUGGCGAAGAGUCCGGUGAAUCCAGUGAGCAGCAGGGGCUGUCGCCUGUGCAGGGAGAGGAAGCGAGGAGAUGGUGGUGUGUGUCUGAGCUGCCGAGGACAACGGAGGAGGAGAUCCCAGUGGUCUUUCUACAUGAAACCAAAAGAGGCUCAACUCCCAACUAAAUCAUGAAACCAGUCCCCCGACCGCCCCUUCAAAGAAGUGAGAACACUCCAGCAGUGAGUGAGAAGAGAAUACCGAUUCUGUGGCUCUCUGCCAACCACACAGCUUGUCCUGAACACAACCUAAUCCGCAAACUAUUGGGAGGAGAGUGCUAACGCCGAUCUACUGAGCCCGUGAACGUCAGCGGCCUCAGAAGGAAGUGGCAGUCGAUACACCCACUUGGGAAUGAAGCGCAAACAGGGUUUCUGUGAACCUUCCCCUAGCCAUGGAGACCCACUGACUCUUCCCAAGGGUCUCUGGCGAAGAGGUUUUUUGGACCACCUAUUGGUGGUAGAGUGGCACCCGGAUUUCAGACUUCUUUAUUUUUUUUCUUAUCAGAGCAUGACGCACGAAUCUCCUGAGAUCGUGAUCAUCACGGGACACUUUUUUUCCUCUGAAGUACCUUUCUUAUCACAGAGCACAAAAUUGGAAAAAAAAAAACAUUCAAGGUAUUGAACAUGACCAGCAGCGAAAACACUGACGUCUUUUUGAAGUUUCAGUGAUGGCUCCUUUUUUUCAUGUGAUCAGAGCCUGGUGUGCUGGCCCUUCUGAAAUCCUAGAUGUGGGGAGUAUGCCUGAAUGCUUUCCUUUUUGUUUUUAUAGUGGAAGCCUCACAGGAAGAGUGUGUGGACAGGUAGGUGGCUAAGAGAGGGAUGGAAGCAAUCACAUAAUCCAGCUGCAACCAAGCUAAACUUAUUCAGCAAAACCAAAUACAAAUCAACUCUUGUUUAGUAGUGCAAGUACACCAGAGUCAGUGCCUGGAGCAGAACAGCACAAGCAUGAAUGCAAUUUUUUAAAAGUUAACACCAGUGUUUGAACAACAGUGGUCUCUGAAAACACCAUUUCCUCCUUGACUGUUCAAACCUGGUGAGGAGAUUGGCCACCUUCCUUCUCUGUGAGGCUGGUAGAUUUUGUUUGUAUCCAGUUGCAAAACUGUCACGGUUUGCUAACUUGCUCAUGAUGUGCUGUGCCCCUGCCGUGUUUAUUUGGACCUUCAUGGAUAUCUUCUGGGUUUUUUUAGCAGCACAUAUAUACAUACAUAUAUUUUUUUCCUCAUGAGCCGUCAUGUAAGCAGACAACAGCGAGAAUGUAUUGUCCACCAGAUCCCCAUUUCAAUCGACAAUCACUGUCAUGUUGGAAUGAAGGUCUUGGUUCCUUGUCAUCUAAUGGAAAACUGAACGGCUUGAGCUUUAACUUCCUGCCACCUUCCCAUUUACCCUUGUUAAUUUCCUGAGCUGCAGUUGACGUUUGCUGAUGUUGACCAGUUUUAAUUUCAGCACUUGCUUCUGAGCAUUCAGGGGUCUGAAGUGGACUGGAGGUGUAAAUCAAUGAGUCGUGUUUGCAAAGAUGCUUUAUCAUGGUCCACUGGUUCAAUAAAAACUGAAGACUCCGGA